AUGUGGACGUUGUGGACAUUGCUGCUUGUAUCUUGCGUUAGUGCAUUCUAUAUUCCUGGAUACUCAGUAACUCGGUACAACGACAACGAUCCGAUCCCAUUACUCGUCAACAAGAUCUUCUCCGAUAAUACCCAAUUACAAUAUGCCUACUUUGACCUCCCAUUCGUCUGCCCGCCGAGCGGGAAAACACACGGCGGUUCACCAUUCGGGUCCGGCCAGAGCAUCUCGCUCAACCUUGGAGAGGUGUUGCGCGGCGAUCGAAUCAUGACAUCUGAUUUUGAGCUCGCCAUGGGCAAGGAUGUUGAAUGUCAGACGCUCUGCACCCGUGAAAUCAGUCGCUCGGACGUGAAGUGGGCCCGCCAGCUCGUCAAAGAUGGAUAUGUGAUCGAGUGGAUUGCGGACAACCUGCCCGGGGCUACGAGCUUCGUCACAGUUGAUCGGAGUCGCAAAUACUAUGCCUCGGGAUUUAAGCUUGGAUAUCGGGAUAUCUCUCCUGUCAGCAGACAACCACGGUACUUCAUCAACAACCACUUCACAAUCGUGAUCCGCUGGCGGAGCGCACCAGAAGGGGGCAAAGUCAUCGUUGGAUUUGAGGUUUAUCCGAAGAGUAUCACCGCAGAGGACCGCAAAGAGGGUGGUUGUCCCAAGUCUGUUCACAAGGAUACCGAUGGGUUGGGAUUGUAUCUCCCACCCAACCUUUCUCGGAUGCAAGAAAAAUACUCUGGACUAUCCUACGUCCCAGAAGAUGACGAAGAUGACGAUGGUGCCAUGCUGAAGAUACCUUAUACUUACUCUGUUUACUUCCGUGAAGACACCAAGAUUGACUGGGCCAGCCGCUGGGAUUUGUACUUCACAAACCAAAGCGAAAGUGUCAUCACCCAUUGGCUGGCCAUUCUCAACUCCUUGACAAUUUCAACCGUGUUGGGAGUGACGGUGUUUGUCAUCUGGAGUCGUACCGUGCAGGGCGACAUCAAGGGCCGUGGCGACGGUGCUAUGGAUGAUCGCAAGGCCAAGGGUCAAUCCCGACGAAAGAGCGCCAGAUCCGGGGAGAAGAAAGGCGAUGGACUUUUGGAAGAGAAAGAUGUGGAACGUGAUGCGGACUACGCUUCGGACGACGAGGCCCUUGAAGACACUGCUGGCUGGAAGCUUCUGCAUGGCGACGUAUUCCGCAUUCCCGCGUACAGUGGCCUUCUCGCUCCGUUGGUUGGCUCUGGUAUGCAGCUUUUGUUCAUGGCAACUGGCUUGCUUCUUCUCAGCUGCCUCGGCGUCUUGAACCCUAGCUUCCGCGGUGGGUUUGUGAGCGUCGGCAUGGGUCUCUUUGUGUUCGCUGGAGUAUUCUCCGGCUACUUUUCGGGCAGACUCUACAAAACAUUCGGCGGAACAGCUUGGCGCAAAAACACCUUCAUCACUGCGUUGCUGUUUCCCGGUCUUGCCUUUUGCCUCAUUUUGCUCCUCAACUUGUUCGUCUGGGCGCAAGCAUCUAGCACAGCAAUCCCAUUCAGCACUUUGAUCGGCCUGCUUGCUCUUUGGCUGCUUAUCCAAGUCCCAUUGGUAUACCUUGGCAGCUGGGUUGGCUUUGUUCGGGCAACACCUUGGGAACACCCCCUUAAGACGAAUGCAAUCCCUCGGCAAAUUCCGUCCCAGCCUUGGUAUCUCCGCGUACCCAUCGGUCCUAUACUAACAGGUCUCAUCCCCUUCGCGGUUCUUUUCAUCGAAUUACUUUUUGUGUUCAAGAACCUCUGGCAGGACAAGACUGGUUACUACUAUGUCUUUGGUUUCCUGAGCGCUGUUUCGAUUGUCCUGAUAGUGACUGUUGUUGAAGUGACUGUGAUCGCCACAUACAGCCAGCUUUGCUCCGAGAAUUACCAUUGGUGGUGGCAGAGCUUCCUCACCGGCGGCAGCAGCGCAUGCUGGAUUUUUGCCUACUGCAUCUGGUAUUACAUUUUCAAGCUUAACGUCACUGGAUUUGUUUCAAGCUUGCUGUUCUUCAGUUACAGCUUCCUUGCCUGCGCUGUGUAUGGCCUUUUGACAGGAACUGUUGGUUUCUUGGCCGCCUACGCCUUCGUUCGGCGGGUAUACAGCGCCAUCAAGGUGGAUUAG